GCGACAAAUAGAAAUUCGUCUCCCGGAACUCUCAAAUUUGACGACAACCUAUUGUAGUUGUCUGCGUUCAACAAUAUUUUGCAACGAUUCAGCGAUUUAGUUAGAUAGGUAUCUAGAUGUCCAGUUUGUGCUGUGGCUAUGCUAGCUAGCCAACGUUAGCUACCAGUAAAGCAAAAUGGCCAGCUUGCUACUAACUUGACUGACCAACGUCAGCUCUGAAGUUAGAGUCGUAUGUGGGUUGACCCAGAGCUGAAAAUGUCCAUCCUUGGCCUCAAGAAAAAACAGCCAAAGACUUUUAAAGUCAAAGUCAUCACUAUGGAUGCUGAAAUGGAGUUCAGCUGUGAGGUGAAGUGGAAAGGAAAAGACCUGUUUGACCUUGUUUGUCGGACCAUUGGACUUCGGGAAACUUGGUUCUUUGGUCUCAGAUAUAAGGUGAAAGACACCAACGCCUGGCUGAAGACAGAGAAACGGGUCUUGGACCAAGAUGUCCCUAAGGAUUCCCCAAUAACAUUUCAUUUCUUAGCAAAAUUCUUCCCUGAGAAGGUGGAGGAGGAGUUGGUCCAAGAAAUUACGCAACAUCUCUUCUUCUUACAGGUUAAAAAGCAGAUAUUGGACGAAGAGAUAUUUUGUUCACCUGAAGCAUCUGUUCUUUUGGCAUCAUAUGCUGUUCAAGCAAAGUAUGGGGACUAUGAUCCAAACUUCCAUAAACCUGGCUUCUUGGCCCAAGAUGAACUCCUGCCCAAAAGAGUUUUGAUGCAGUAUCAGAUGACCCCAGACAUGUGGGAGGAGAAGAUCACUGCCUGGUAUGCAGAACACAGAGGCAUCGCCAGGGAUGAGGCAGAAAUGGAGUACCUGAAAAUCGCACAGGACCUUGAGAUGUACGGCGUCAGCUACUUCUCCAUUACACAAAACAAGAGGGACACAGAGCUGCAGCUGGGUGUGGACGCCCAGGGCCUGCACAUCUACAGCCCCAACAGCAAACUCACCCCCAACAACUCCUUCCCCUGGAGCGGAAUCCGAAACAUCUCGUACAGCGAGAAAGAGUUCACCAUAAAGCCGCUUGACAAGAAGAAGGAUGUUUUCAAGUUCUACUCCUCUCAGCUACGUGUUAACAAACUGAUCCUGCAGCUCUGCAUCGGGAACCAUGACCUGUUCAUGAGGAGGAGGAAGGUGGACUCCAUAGAGGUCCAGCAGAUGAAGGCUCUGGCCAAGGAAGAGAAGGCCAGAAAAAAGAUGGAGAGGCAGGUGCUGGCCAGAGAGAAGCAGAUGAGGGAGGAGGCGGAGAGGGCCAAGGAGGAGAUGGAGCGACGCCUCUUCCAGCUGCAGGAUGAGGCCCGCAUGGCCAACGAGGCCCUGCUUCGCUCGGAGGAGACGGCGGACCUGCUGGCAGAGAAGGCCCAGAUUGCAGAGGAGGAGGCCAAGCUGCUGGCACACAAGGCCGCGGACGCGGAGCAGGAGAGGCAGCGGCUGGAGGUGACGGCGCUCAAGACCAAGGAGGAGAAGAGGCUGAUGGAGCAGAAGAUGCGAGAGGCCGAGCAGCUGGCCGUCAAGCUGGUGGAGCAGUCCGAGAGGAGGUUAAAGGAGGCUGAUCACCUAAAGCAGGACCUGACCGAGGCCAAGGAUGCAGAACGGAGGGCUAAGCAGAAGCUUGUGGAGAUCACCAAAACCACAUACCCGGUCAUCGCUUCUUACUCCGCCCCUCCCGCCACCACUGACUACCCUGAGGCAUCCCCGGAGACGGCCUCACUCAGAAUGGACUUCAAGGACUCUGACAUGAAGAGGCUGUCUAUGGAGAUUGAGAGAGAGCGACUGGAGUACAUGGAGAAGAGCAAGCACUUACAGGACCAGCUGAAGGAGCUGAAGGGUGAGAUCGAGUCUUUGAAGCUGGAGGAGCAGCAGCAGGCUGGCCUGUUUGGCCUGUAUCCACAGCAGACCCGCGCCUACUCCGAGCCCCACUACAUACCUCACAGCAACCGAAACUCUGCCUAUAUGACUCAGAUGGCCUACUUUGAAGAGGUGUGAGGAGAGACUCCUCAUCAAGAGGAGGAGGAAGAGGAGGGAACAGUACAUAUCCACCUUCACCUGGAUGUGCGUAGCUGUGUUUAGCAAUGAACACUCACUCACUCUCUCGCUCACACGCACACACACACACACACACAUGCAAGAAGCAGAACAUUUCAACCGACACACUAACUCCUAUUUUGAGUCCUAUGAAUAACUUUGUGUUUGUCUUGCAUUUCAUGGUCACCACAUGUUAAGUGAUGUGUGCAUUUGGUUGUGUACACCUUUCUUCCUUGUGCUUUAAUUUCAAACUGAGGUUUCAUUGUGCACAGAGCCUAAUUCCUGCCAAACUUCUGUACCUUCGACAAAUGGGUUGAAAAAGGGAUUAAUGGCCGCCAAUAAGUUUGAUCAUUUAAAUCCUCCGACACAGUUUCGUGCUAUGAUAUUGCUGUGAAAUUUAAGAACUAUUUGAAGAGACGGCACCAGAAAGUGAGUCGCAGCAAGUUUAGGAUCGAUAUUACAUCAUGUCUGUCCGAAACCUUUCAAUUGUUUGUUUCCUUCUCUGAUCUUUAAGGUCCUUUAGAGCGAGGUGGUUUGCACUAGGAGCCUGUUUAACUUCUAUUUCUAAUAUAUUUGCAAGUUAACUAUACAUUUAUUUGCUUUUUUGUACACUAAAAUGUUGACCUUUGCCUUAAACUUGUGAGCUUUGCCUUCAACGUUUUUUUUAUUAAGGGAUUGUUGUGUAAAAUGUAAAAAAAAAAAAAAAAAAAAUGGAUAUAUGCACACACAUGUUGUCCUCACACUACAGUAGUGCUUUGGCAUCGCAGCUACGUUUAGGAUAUCACUGCCCACUGCCGUAAACCCAUUCGGGACAUCACUGCCAACUGCCGUAAACACGUUUAGCUCGCCGUACUCAACCAGCAGUCUGAGGGGAAGCACCACACACACACACACACUGAUCAAGUCGUUUUGUAUGUUUUUUUACGAAUGUGUGUAAUUUAAUACAAUCAGUUCCUCAGUGUUUGGAGGAAAAUCUAUCUUGUUACUGAUGUGAGCAAUAUUAUGUUAUCAGAUCAGUCAAGUGUGGUUCUUUGGCCUUUAAGCCCAUCAGCUAUUGACUCUCUUCGCUUACAUGUGCAUUACAUGUUAUUUUUGUGUGAUUUUUUCCAACACUAAUUUUGUUGAUUUAUGUCCAGGUUUCUCUGUUGUUUAAAUGCCAUGAGAAGCCAGUGUGGGACUUCUUGCUAGUUGUUGCUGGAUCCUCAAGUUCCAUUGAGCAUGUACACUGAGAGACUUGGGGAAAUCACAGGAAGCUCCUGUGACCAUCAGUAAUGUAGUCCUAGCUACCCAGUCUUACUGAUUAACAGCUGCCAUAUGAAGACACAUCAAACUGGUUUUAUUUUCUGUUUUGUCGGGGGGAUUUGUAAUACUGUAGGCUCCCAGCUUAGAACCCGUGGAUGGAGGUCAUAUUUGUGUUGUUUGUAGGCCUGUUAGGGGACGACAAACAACAACAACAACAACAAAAAAAAAAAGUCAAUUUUAAGUCAAGAAAAAAUUUAAUGCAAAAAGUUGUUGCAUUGUAGGAAAAAAAUCAGCACUGCUGGUGCAGGAUGGAGCCGCUCAUAUUCCGUGUAGUGUAGUGUUGUACAAACUCUUCAUUUUAGUAUUCUGUGUGUUUCCACCACUGACAUGUGCUGCAAGAAACUCAUUUAAACCGUGGAAGAGCACAGGAGGAGGAUGGAGUGUUUGAAAUCAGUAGUCUGUUCAGUAAGGAGAGGUGGAGGAGGCAGACUUUAGAAUAGUUUCAUGCUUUUAGAUCAUAUGGGUUACAGUUGGAUUGAACGCCGUUGUUUUUUUUUCCAUUUUUUUUUUGUUGGCUGUGGUGGGAGAUUUUCAUUAUGCAGUAUUGUCUCGUUGUAGAUAGACGUUGCCAUAUUUUUGCUCAUCUUUGAUAUUCUGGUUUAUGCGGAGAAUAUAUUUUUGUUAUGCAUUGAGAGUCUUAAACAUGUCUUGAUAUCAAAGAAAGACAGAUAUCCGCUGCUGAAUGUCUGACAGAAUGGUCAUGGACGAUGUAUAAAAGUUUUUGUAGAGGUCACAGAAGGCCUGUGGAAUUUUAUUGUUGAAAAGCCCAGGUGUUCUAUGGAGGUGGAGCACGAGUCGGCAUGGCAACAGCCUGGCAUGAAUGGGCAGGUGAAGAGAUGUGUGGGUGAUUCUGUGACACGCCAAGCACGGCAUUGCCAACCCCUGUUUCACCACCUCCUCGCAUGAGAGAUGUGUGUGGCGUCUUGCUGGGCAGUACUGAUCUUGUGUUAGGCCUUUCAUUGGCAGGACCAUGAUCAUGUUAUUUCUUCAGUCACAUCCAUGAUGGUGGUCUCCUGCCACUGUGAAAUAGUAGACUACACGAGAAAGAUACGUUUGUAAACAAACAAUGUAGAGAAAGCCACCCCUGUAUAAAGUGGAUACUCAGGACAAGACCAGAGCACCUCUUGUCAGAGUCGAGCAGACUUCAUGAGGAAUCACUUGUUUGUAUAAAUAGAUUAAGGGACAUUUCCCCAGUUGUCUGUAAGCAUAAUAGAAAUGACAAAUUAUGUGGUAUCUGUGAAAACCAUUUUGUGGACUGUAGUGGUCCUUUUGGGAGAUACUGUUAGGUUUUUAAACCUAAUUUAAGAUCAUAUAUCAGAGCUCAACCGUGCUGUUUUAGUGCAGCACUUCACCAGCACAAGCAAACACUUCACCUCGCUUUCAGUUUGCCAGAGGAACUUCUUGUGCCUUGAACACUAUGCAAUUUUAUUUAAAGCAAAAAAACUAGGAAUAUGAUUUUUUUUUUUUUUUUGCCUGACUGAUUACUCCAUUACGUUUCCUUUGUUUUAAUACUGAGACAGUUCAAUGUUCUGCCUGCAGCAGGGAGUGUCUCAAAAAUACUGCAGAGGAAACAGUGUCAAUUGUUAUGUGUGUAAUACGUACAAACCCUUAUGUGUUAAACAUCACCAAUAAAGGAUGGGCGUUUGUAUGCUUCACAAAUUCUCCACUAUGUGUGCAGUGAAGAAUGAUGUUUUUUUUGUGUGUUCUUUUUUAAUACUCUGAAUAAAGGUAAAAAUAUUUUUGUUUUGUUAA